UCGCGAUUAGGCCGAGGAGAUCUAUUCGCAACACAAUUCUGCAACACAAACUAUCAUUUCAUGGCCGUUGACGUUGUACACAAUAACCUGUGGUGAUGGAUAAGAUUAUGGUAGCAACGGGAUUCCUAUUUUUUGCCGCAGAUGUACUGGCACUUACAAGUGUAUUCAACCCAGUAUGGGUAGUAUCUCAUGCUCGUGGAUCAGGAGCUAUGACAAUGGGCCUUAUCUCACAGUGCCUGACAAUCUUUGGGAGGGAUACAGUAUGCAUCUCUCCUAAUCUCUGCCCAGCCUGGCAAAUCACCCUCUUUUUCAUUGUGUGUGCCAUCAUCUGUCUGACAAUCACCUGCAUUAUGUUUGCCUACUCUACAAGAAGAAUCACCAUGCUGGAUCAUGCAAGAUGGUUCUCAUUUGCAGCAAUUAUUCUAUUGUGCCUAGCAGCCAUCAUAUUCCCCAUUGGCUUCUACGUGGAUGAAAUCGGAGGUGAACCAUACAAACUUCCGAGCACCGUUUCCGUAGGGUCGUCUUAUGUGAUAUUCCUUAUCUCCAUUGUUCUCACGGUCAUCUCUGAGCUCCUAGCGGGCAAGCUUUGUGCUCCUCUCUUUGUCGUAAGAGGAUAGUGACUGGAUUCUUUGAAUUCUCCGACUUUGUAUCUGAACUGCUUUUAUCAUUAUUUAUUUUAUCGCUUGGAAUACUCCCCAGGGAGUGGAUAAUGGACAUACAUUGUAUACAUGCAGGGAAUACUGAUGAUCACAACAAUAAUAAUCUAUAGAGGCUUUUUUAUCGAAGCCUCUUAUUAAUGAUUGGAUUAUUAUCAUAUAUCUAAAUUGUCUUAUGAUUAUUCAAUUUUGUCAUAGUCGGCAGUUUUGAAAACUGUAUCAUGUAUGUAGAUCAUAAUGGUGUGUUAAGAAAGCUGGUGGGUGUUUCAUACAGCUGUUUGAAAAGUACAUAUGUCUUGACGAUUGACUGGGAACAUGUUCUUCGGUAGUUAGUCAUACUAUUUAGUACAAAAAUGGGUCACCAGUCAUAUGUCCGUGUAAAGUAGUUUGGAACAGCUUUCUAUGAAUCACCCGCCUGCUGUGUCUCCGUUUUACCUCUAAGUGAAAGUUUUUGAAACUUAUAUUUGAAAUUAUGCAUUAUCAUCAAGAUAGGAUGUGAACUUUUCUUUGAAAAUGUAAUAAAAGAGGCUCAGAUCGUGAGUCAUAGGGCUGAACAACUCAUAUCUUCAGGGGGGGGGGGGCGGUGUUAAUGACUGGCGAUCCAUUCUUGUGCUAAUCAGAUUCUCAAUACUUUAUACUCCACCAGCUAAAGUUGAAAUCUGAUCUUUGGAGUAAAUUAUUGUUGUUUACAAGCCAUUUAUGCAAGGUUUUUUUUUUAUUAUUUUUCUAGAUAUUAAUAUGAAAUUUUAUAGAAAUUUCUCUCGCAUAAAUAGGAAAUACAGUAUGAUAAUACACCAGAAGCUGGUCUGUACUUUGAGAGGAAGAAGAAAGAACAAAUAUUGAGAUAUACUAUUUAGCACAAGAAAGGGUCACCAGUGGUGCAUUAAGUUG